AUGUGUGUAGGUUUUGAAGAUGGAUUGAAGGAUAAGAUUAAGAUGCUAGUAGGAGCUUUAGAGGUUCGUGAAUUUAUUGUGUUCUCUGAUAGAGCCCAGAAAAUGGAAGAGAUUUGUGAAAGGUUUUCGGGAAGAGAUCAGUUGAGACAGAAUAGCAAGAAAUCUCUGGCUCCUUCAGUGGCUAGUGUAGGCAUUGUGAAGAAUUCAAAUAGAGCAGAGUGUAAGCAAUGUAGACGGGUUCACUUUGGUGUCUGCAGAAUUAACGGUGGGACAUGCUUUAAUUGUGGAUCUCUAGACCAUUUCAAAAGAGAGUGUCCAAGUAUAAAAAAGCCUAUUAAAGAACAUAAUGAGAAACUAGUGGCCACUUCUAACAGAGGUGAAAGACCUGGAAAUAGUGCAAUGACUGGGGCCAACAGAGGUGGGGUUAAAGAGUCAGUGACCAAAUCUGAAGCCAGGGCUCCUGCAAAAACGUAUGUCAUUCGUGCGCAAGAGGAAGCAUCAGGACCUGAUGUUAUUAUGAGUCAUAAAUUUCCUGCUGACUUAAUGUUGUUACCCUUCAAUGAGUUUGAUGUCAUCUUGGGCAUGGGUUGGUUAAAAAUGCAUGAUGUUGUGGUUUGUUGUCGUCAAAAAAGAGUUGAGUUGAAAGGUUCUAAUGGUGAAGUAAUCUUCAUUGAGUUUGAGAGAUCAAACGAUACUUUAAAUAUAAUUUCGGCAAUGAAAGCACUUAAGUCAUUGCGAAAGGGCUAUGAAAUGUUUUUGGCUUACAUUUUGGAUUCCAAGGUGUUAGAGAGGAAAGUGGACCAAGUACCUAUAGUUUGUGAAUUCCCAGAUGUUUUCCCUGAAGAAUUUUUGAGCUUACCAUCAGAGCGAGAAGUUGAAUUUGUCAUUUAG